CAGAUUUUUGACGUGAAUGAAAUUGUAUUUAUAUUGCAUUAUACAGUAAAAAGAAGCAAAUAAUUAGUGUUGCAACGUAAUAUUUUUGUAUAUUAAGCCAAUUAGAUUAUCCUACAAUUACUCAUUCAAAAUGACUGACGCAAUAGACGAAUACUUUGCAGUUGCUCUGGAACUCGUUAAAAGUGCCGGAAACCUUAUAACAGAUUACACGAGCGGCUGCAAAGACUUUAAACUUAAGUCUUCGGAUAUUGAUCUAGUCACGGAAAUAGACAAGAAAGUCGAAGAGACCUUAAUUAGUGGUCUUACAGCGAAAUUUCCAGAUCACAAGUUUAUAGGAGAGGAAUCAGCAUUUGAAGGUGUCAAAUGCAUACUUACGGAUGAGCCAACGUGGAUAAUAGACCCCGUUGAUGGGACCCUUAACUUUAUUCAUGGCUAUCCCAGCAGUUGUAUUUCACUAGGGCUUGUUAUCAAUAAGGAGGCUGUUGCUGGUAUUAUAUACAACCCCAUUGUGAAUCAACUUUUCACUGCAAAGAAGGGCCAGGGUGCUUAUUUAAAUGACAGACAGAUUCAUGUGUCUCAAGUGAAGGAUGUAAGUAAGGCACUUAUAUCGUUUGAGGCUGGUACAACACGAGAUGAAGAGAAACAAAGAAUUGUUUUUGAGAAUUUCAAAAUGAUAGUUACAAAAGCACACGGGGCGAGGACAGUAGGUUCUGCAGCCUUGAACAUGGCUAUGGUUGCUUUGGGAGGCUCAGAUGCCUAUUUCGAGUUUGGAAUACAUGCUUGGGACAUUGCAGCUGGAGAUAUCAUAGUCAGAGAGGCUGGUGGUGUAUGCAUAGACCCAGCUGGGGGGCCAUUUGAUAUACUCUCUCGUAGAGUGCUCUGUGCAAGCAGCCAAGAACUGGCACAGGAAUUGGCUUCAAUGCUACACCAGUACUAUCCAGAGAGAGAUUAAAUAUAUUUUUAAUAAUAAUAAUAAUAAGGAAUUUGAAUGCAUUUUAUGUUACUUAAUAUUCAUUAUUUAUUAAUUUUAUGUUAGUUAUGUAAUUACUACAUGUUGUAGGAAUGUUUUUUUGUUUUAAUAUUUACAAACAGAUCUUAUUAUACAUAUAAAACAUUUAUUUAUUCUUUUUGUCUUAUUUUGAUCAACUCGAGGUAUAUAUUUGUAAUCAAGUUUUAAAGUAUGAAAUGACAAUUAAAUCAAAACUAGUUAAAAGCACUUGUAAAUAUAAUUUGUGUCAUAUAACAUUAAUCAGUUGCUUAAUAUAGUUAUUUAUAUUUAAUGAAAUGUUAUUGGAUAAUAUAUACAAGGUGUAUUUUUUUUUUUUCAUAUAUACAUCCAAUGUAAUUAAUUUCAGAAUGUAGUUUAAAAAAAUAUUUACAAAAUAUAUUAUGUGUAUUAAGACUUAAAUUAAUAAAAAUGUGAUAGAUUUUCCAGAUCUUUAUUAUUUAUUUUUUAUCUUAAAAGGUUAAGAGAUCAAACACAGUUUAUAAUGUUGUCAAUAUUAUGUAAUUUGAUGUGUUUCUUGUAAUAAUUAGAAAAAUUGUAACAAAAAUUAAAUGUUGAAUGAAA